AAAAUCUAGUUUCUUUUUGCUACAUACAUCUCAAGACUUUUUAGAUGAAAAUGCUGUUUUGUUUGAUUGAAAUUGAUGGCAGUCUCCGAUUUUAGUCGGGACAGGAUUUUGCACACAUAUGUAUCUAUCAAAAUAUUAGUUUUUCAGUAAGCCAUCUUUGAUUUCAAAGGGACUUUGAUGGGGGACUAAUAAUAAUUGGAGAUAAAAGCUGAAAGUAUUUUUGGACUCCAGAGUAAUGUCCAUCCUUUUUCUAGUGUUCUUGUGCCUCAGUGUAUCAAGCAUCACGUUUAAGUAGUGCAGGUGGUUUCUACGCAGGGGGAGUUUAGGAAGAGCCAGGUGCUGCGCUGCUGCUUUUGCACUGAGGUGCCAGUUUGCAAGCCAAGAGGUUUGAAGCAAAAAGGAAUACGUAUAGGGUCUAGCUUGAAGUUUCAUUUUAGGAUCUAAAAUGGAGGCGAAUGAAGGAACGGAGAUACGGUUUCUUGUCAACAUUUGUUGUUGUAGUGAUAUUAGACAUGUAUGUUACCAUGUUCGGAUUAUCGUGAGCUGUUUGGACAGCUUCAUUUUCUGGUUCAGCUGAUGCAGUUUGGAAUACUCAAAGGGAAAAAACGGCCCAUGUGCAGCCGUGACUACUUGUGUAGGAAGGGACAUCUUGUUGGUGAAGAAGUCGAGGCAGGGUGCUUGCGGAUAUGCGUGCUCUGUGUGCCGGGUACACGCGGGCAGACCCCGGCCGCUCCCACACCCCGGUGCCAGGGGCUGGCUCCCGGCGCUGCUCCCGCAGGGGCUGGUGAGUCAGGAAAAAGCACUAUUGUGAAACAAAUGCGAAUCCUACAUGUCAAUGGAUUUAAUUCAGAAGAAAAGAAACAGAAAAUACUGGAUAUUCGGAAAAACGUUAAAGAUGCGAUUGUGACUAUAGUUUCAGCUAUGAGCACUUUAAUACCCCCAGUUCCAUUGGCCAACCCAGAAAACCAAUUUCGAAUGGACUACAUCAAGAGUAUAGCUCCUCUUUCUGACUUUGACUAUACACAGGAGUUCUUUGAACAUGCAAAAAAGCUCUGGGAUGAUGAAGGUGUAAAGGCGUGCUUCGAGAGGUCAAACGAAUAUCAACUGAUUGACUGUGCACAGUACUUUUUGGAAAGAAUUGACAGCGUCAGCAUGGAUGACUACACACCCACAGAUCAGGACCUACUAAGAUGCAGAGUGUUGACAUCAGGGAUUUUUGAAACAAGAUUUCAAGUAGAUAAAGUAAAUUUCCACAUGUUUGAUGUAGGUGGCCAGAGAGAUGAGAGAAGAAAAUGGAUCCAAUGCUUUAAUGAUGUCACAGCUAUCAUCUUCGUUGUGGCUUGCAGCAGCUACAACAUGGUAAUAAGGGAAGACAACAACACAAACAGACUACGGGAAUCCCUGGACCUUUUCAAAAGUAUCUGGAAUAACAGGUGGUUACGGACCAUUUCUAUCAUUUUAUUCUUGAAUAAACAGGACAUGCUGGCUGAAAAAGUCUUGGCAGGGAAAUCAAAAAUUGAAGAUUACUUUCCUGAAUACGCGCAUUAUACUGUACCUGAGGAUGCAAUACCAGAUGCAGGAGAAGACCCCAAAGUCACAAGAGCCAAGUUUUUCAUCCGGGAUGAGUUUUUAAGGAUAAGUACGGCGAGUGGAGACGGCCGGCAUUACUGCUACCCACACUUCACAUGUGCAGUGGACACAGAAAACAUCCGCAGAGUGUUCAACGACUGUCGAGACAUCAUUCAGAGGAUGCACCUCCGCCAGUACGAACUCUUGUGAGGGGGAUCACCGUGGAACCUGUGGUUUUAAAUUCUUUGCUCCUUACUCUUUCUCUUGAUACUACCCCACACAGGGUGGAAGAAUAUACUAUAGAAAUGUCAGUCUC